CUUCCAAUGCCCUCUAGAGCCUCUUAGAUGCCCCAGUGUGCUUCGGAGUGGGCUGUCACUCGUAGUAUAGCCAGCCUCCCCUUGCGGCUCCCCCUCCCCAUGGCCUCCGCGCCCCCCGCACGCCGCCCCUGCCUCCUCGCCCUCGCCCUCAUUAUCGAUCCCCCUGGCCACUCACACCCUCGGGCUUCCCCUCUCACCCCCUUUCGCCAUGCCAUGCCCUUCCUUACGACUCACACCUUGCCCUCGUCUUCCUCGCCUCCUCUUCCUCCUCCUCCUCCUCUUUCCUCCUCCUCCUCCUCCUCACAGCUCCUCUUCGUCGUCCUCAUUAUUGAUUUCUUUUUACUCCCUCUCACGCCUCCCUUGCCUCACUUGCAUUUGCAGUGGCUUUGCUCCCUUCUGCUGAGGAUGGCAAACAGAAAAUUUGAGGUCUGCGUUGAUUCAGUCGAGUCAGCAUUAGCAGCUGUUGUGGGAGGAGCAGAUCGGCUCGAACUAUGCAUGGCCCUCUCCGAAGGAGGGCUCACCCCCACAACAGGCCUUCUCCAUACUGUUAAAAAAUACAUGAAAAAACCUACUGAAGUGUACUGCAUGGUGCGUCCAAGACCUGGACCCAUGGUGUUCUCAAGAGAGGAGUCAGAAGUCAUAUUUCAGGAUGCCCACACACUGAAGAAGGCUGGGGCUGAUGGACUGGUGUUUGGAGCUCUCACCCGCCAGGGAACCAUAGACUAUGAUCUGUGCAAAACAUUCCGCAUGGCUGCUGGUGAGAUCCCCUGCACAUUUCAUAGAGCAUUUGACCUCCUGAAGGACCCCCUCAGCAGCCUGGAAACUGUGAUAGAACUGGGAUACCAGCGGAUACUAACAAGUGGGGGCAAAGCCACAGCUGUGGAAGGCGCUGAUGUCAUUGCACAGCUUGUCACGGCAGCUAAGGGACGGAUUGGGAUUAUUGCUGCCGCCGGCAUCAAGUCCAGCAACAUUGCAAAUAUCAUAACACACACGGGAGUGACUGAGUGCCAUGCUUCAGCCAGAGUGUGCAGAAUGUUUGGCGCAGAGAACAGCAAAGGAGCCAAGGUGGGCCAUGGCAGCGACAACAUGGUGUGGGUGACAUGUUCAAAAGAAGUCCAAUCCAUAAAGAGGUCAAUGGAAUACAACUGAAUGGGCUUGCUCUUGUGUAGGGUAUAUGCACACUUGAUGAGUAUAUCACAGUCAGAGCAGUUAUUCCUUUCACUGUUAUGGUAAACUAUGCUAUUUUUUGUGAUUAGAGAGAAAAAAUGAAGGGUACAUGUGAUGAAUAACCCAGUUUCAAAGUUGUCUUUUUGUCAGCAUUAAGAUACACUUACUUGCUUUCUCACAAACUCCUUUAGCUUCUUCUAUGGCACAAAUGGUUACACUGUUAUUCUUCAGGUACCAAAAGACCUCAAGUAACAGUAAACUGUUAUAUUAAAUGGUCUUCUGGGAUAGACACAGAAUAUAUAAAUGUUUCCUAUUGUCUCCAAAUUAUCACCAUCACAUAUAACUGACCAUGUUAGAUUAUGAUAACACUCCAGUUAGUUUCCCUGCUGUUGUCGAGUAGAGACCGUCUAGCUGUACGUGUUCAUUCCUUUGUCCAUGCAUUAACUGCCUGCACUUUUACUGUAAAUUGUGUCGUUGAGGAGUUGGAGGAGGACUGUCCUAUAUUGUUAUGCAUCAUUUGUUCAAAACUUUCCAGGGGCAGUUUCUGCAGGGCAUUCAAAGUAAGAUGCAUGUAAAAUGAUAUAUUAAAAAUUAGAAUAUAAGUACAGUU